AUGUACCUAUCCACAGCACAGAUUCCCGACGCUCAGAGAUACUUUCAGCAGGUCAAGUAUUGGUGUCAAGACGUGCUCAAGUCGAGCCCCAGCAUGGACAUGUUUCUUCGUGUUGCGCAUCUGAGCUAUACGUUCGAUCGAAGCGACGCCCCUCGGUACCUCUACGUGUCCCCUGCACACGAGCAACUUCGAGCCACGGGUUUUUUCAUCCGAGAUGGUCGAUAUAUCGUUGCGCAAAUGCUCCAGGCUAUGGACGGCGAAGGAGCGUAUUUCAUUGCGAAUGGGGUCUCUUUCCUCCGGCAUACGGUGGAAAAUAUGCUGGCCGUCGACAUCGGUGCCCUCUGUGACAUGUGCGAGUAUCUGACAGGCUCUUUCGUCCUUGGACGUUCCUUGCUUGGUUUCCACAACAUAACGCUCCCCAAGAGCUGGAUAGUCACGCUCGCCAAUCGGUUCAAGAACGGCGGGUUCCGGCCUUCCACGCACAAGCUAUCUGGCUUCGUCGAUGGCUUGGCUGCGUUACUGAAUGAUCUCUGUAAUGGCUUUGAAAGGGCUGGGUACUUGCGCUUCGAAGGCGGGAAGAUUUCGGACAGCUUCACAAUCCGAGGGGCUUUCAUUGCGAGGAUAUGUCGCAUGCUCUGCGCUUUGGCUUAUAACACCAGCAAAUUCAACGACGAGGACCUACUACGACGAGACGUCGAGACCAGGCUUCUGAUGAUUUUCCGGAUCGUGGAGCCAAGGGACUUCAUCUUCAGGCAAUAUUCGCGCAGUCGCGACUGGGCGGACCUUAGCAGAGCCUUCGAGGACAGCACAAGAGACCAAUUGAUGGACGAACUGAUUACGAUGAGGCUGCAAGGGUCGCGUCCCGUAGCGCCCGCGCUCGCACCCGGAAAGCCUCGGCAGGUGUUUUACAAGGCGGUCGACGCGAUCCCAGUCCUUCUAGGCUACGAGUCCCCCUUCCCCUCCAGCUUCCGGGCGAACGCGCCUGCCGCCAUCCCUCCAUCAACGCAACCGAAGGCUUGGGCACGCAUUGCAACCAGCGCGACUGUUGAUCGCAGGGAGACGAGCUCACCAGGCAUCCAGCUCAUAGCGAUUGAAUCGAAGAAACCAGCCCCAACAUUAACGUCGGAGCGUGAACAGAUAGAACCCUCGCUUUCGCUGCCCAGUGCAGCACAGAAGGUCGUAGCCUACCGACUUCUGUGCAUGUACCGCCGAAGGAUGCGACGCCGCUCUAGCGAGCGAGUUCGCGCCGUGAUCUCGGUCCAACGGUGGUACCGCAGGCUGGUCGCGUCGCGCUCCCUAACGGGUCUGGAUCGCACACGGCAGGGUUUCUUCGCGGCGUGCAAGGCACUGGAGACGGAAGCACAGAUAGCAUUCCCCCACUUCCGCGCCCGAUUGUUGUAUCGCUAUACCCUGCCUCGCAUCCUCACAUGUCUCGACAUCGUCAUAACCCACCUCGACUCAGUCAAAACCCAGAUUCGACAGGAAUUCGAGGUGCUGAACAAUCACGAGAAGCUGGAGUCCAUAAGCGACAAACUGGAGGGUGUCAACGCUGCUCUGAGGGAGGCGAAAACUCUUGCGUCCGCCGUUGCACCACGGCCAGAUACAUACAGCGCCCCUGACUGCCUAUCACGACUGCAAGAGCAUACGCGCACGCUCGUUGCGAUGGCGGAGCGGCUACCUCCUGCGCACCGUCUCGUCAUAGCGUCCGACCUCGAGGUGGUGGUUUUCAGCGUGCUGACGUAUGAGAACUUGAAGCGGGAGAAGAGGGUGGAGAUGCAUAGGAAGAAGGCGAAGCCGGCGUUGAACACCUACGACGACGAGUACGGCCAAUACUACUACUAA